UUCUUGUGGAAGCCGAGAGGCUUUGGCUUGGGAAUUUUACAAUCGCGGCUCAUCUAAGGUCGUGAUGGGGAGGUACUCGGUCGAUCCGGAUAAUGCAACCAAGUGUAUGUGUAAAGCCAGGCAGUGGCUGUCGCCCACUUUUUACCCUCUGCAUGCGCCUAAAUUGUCAUCGUAUGUUUUCGUUGCAGCGUGCAAGGCACGGGGCUCCAACCUCCGGGUGCACUUCAAGAACACACGGGAGACUGCACAGGCCAUCAAGCACAUGCCGCUGCGCAGGGCCCAGCGCUACCUGAAGAACGUCAUUGCGAAGAAAGAGAUCGUGCCUUUCCGUAGGUUCAACGGUGGCGUUGGUCGCAAAGCCCAGGCUAAGGCUUUUGGCUGCACUCAGGGCCGCUGGCCAAAGAAGAGCGCUGAGUUUCUGUGGCAGCUGCUUCGUAACGCUGAGAGCAAUGCUGACUACAAGGGACUCGACGUUGACCGUCUCGUGAUCGACCACAUCCAGGUCAACAGGGCUCCCAAAAUGCGCAGGCGCACCUACCGUGCCCAUGGACGUAUCAACCCCUACAUGAGCAGUCCUUGUCACAUUGAGGUCAUCCUGAGUGAGAAGGAGCAGGUUGUUUCUGCACCAUCUGCUGAAGAAGAUGCGCCCAAGAAGAAGCAGUCCAAGAAGAAGAUGGCACGCCAGAAGCUGAUGCAGAGGGACUAAGCCCCUUCCACAUCUGUACUAUAAAUAAAAGAAAAUGCGGCCAGAGGA